ACAAGUCUGCAAGAUUUCUUACGAAAUACAGGAAAAGCCGUCCGCCAGACUUAAAUGCUUUAUCCAACCUGACUGUGAAAAAACAAAUAAUUAGGAAAAUAAAGGAUACAUUAACAACGUCAGUCUCUCCAACCCAAAUUGAUGAAAAGCAUAAUUUUCUCAUGAAGACACUAGAAUAUGCCAAAAGAUCUCUCCCGAAGGUCACAAAUAAGAAACACACGGUUCCCGAGGAUUAUUAUGAUGAUCAUUUCAAAUUCCUAAUAACUAAACGUAAAAACUUGCGCAGGCAACCAAGGGCAGAACAAUCGGUAGAGAAGAUGAAGAAACUAAACAAGGAAAUAAAGCGUGCUGCAAGUAAAGUAAAAAGUAGAAUGCUGCAAGACAAAUCAAAUGAAAUAAAUCAGGCCAAACAAAACAGAAAAGUUGCCGAUAUGUGGAGAAGCGCCAAAAGUCACUCAAAAAUCAUCAGUAGUAUACCAAAGGCCAUAACUUGCCCUAACCUAGCACAACACUUCAAAGCCCACUUUAAUCCCUGUCACUUCAAUCUUACUUUACCAACAGAAAUUUCUAACCCACCACCGUGUAUCAAUAAACUCCAUAGUUGCGUGCCAGUAAUGAAUAAUAAUCCCCCUGCACUUGAUGAAAUUCUCCUAGCCAUCAAAGACUUGAAGAACGGUAAAACAUCAUUAGAUAUCGAAGCUGAUCUGCUGAAAACUGCCACAGAAAUCCCGGAAUUUCAGGAUGAGCUGAAAAAGUACUUUAAAGAAAUUUGGGAUAAACGAAAACUGCCCUUUCAGUGGAGUCUUAGUCGAAUAAUAUCUAUAUGGAAAAGAAAAGGCAGUGCACUAGAUCCAAAACAAUACAGAGCUAUAUCAAUCGGGCCCAUCCUCACCAAGGCGAAGACUCUCUCAAGGAUCAAUUCCCUAUCAUAAGUGGAGUGAGACAAGGCGGAAACGAAGGUCCAAAUUUAUUCAAUCUUUUUGAAGAUUAUGCAAUAAGGAUUUGAAAGCAUAGAUGCUCAACAACGGAAGCAGAGAAACUAUCCAUACCAUAUUCCAUUCCUCCAGCAGCUACUAAUAGGUCACAGCGAAGUAAAUUUCCUUCCUCUGGCUUUUACA